CCGCCCAUCAUUAGCUCAAUUUUGAGGGGCAACAUUACAGGUGAAGAAGGCUUGUUGAAUUAAUCGACGUUUUUCUGAUCAGCAGAUAAUGGCAAAUCAUGGUAUCCAUGCAGAGGGGAAACGACUUCCCCGAAUGGCUGCCACAUUAAUGAUGCGCUUUACCACUGAGAGGGAGCCCACCUUUGGCACCCACAGAGCCGGUUUCAGGCCUGCCAAACCUAGCAAUGAAUGUGAAGAUUAUCCAUCUACCGUAGAAGAGAGUCAGUCCACCAUCCCAGAGUUGGUUCACUUUCUUGAUAAUGAGGAAUCUUCUGCUGUGAAACAACAUACCGUAGAAGACCAGUCAUUGGAGUUUCCACCCAAAGUGGAGGACCUUGGUUCUGACCCAGAAUCCCUUUCUGCCUGGAGCCUGAGUAGCGUUACAGAAGGUGAAACCACCCUAGAAAUACCAGAGGACAAUAAAGAUGGCUCUCUUAAGAGGGACCAAAGAACCGGAGUGAAGUUCACAGAUUGGCAUAAAUGUCGCAUAACAGCUCUGUGUACUGAGCGUUUUGACAAGCUGCUCAGAGAAUGCCCUGAGUACGACAACACUAAGAGCUGCUUCGCUGCUUUUGUACUAGAGAGAGAGGUGCUUGACACAGGUGGGCAGCGCUGUGAGGAAUAUGAAGUGGUGGCUCUGGGAUCAGGUCAGAACUGCUGCAGUGGUUGGCUUUCUUACACGGGAUCUGUCGUCCACGACUGUCACGCUAUUGUCAUCGCCCGCAGAGCACUCAAAAGGUAUUUGUACAAGCAACUCCUGCUGUUCCACAGUGCUGAUUCAGAGCUAAAGAAGCGCUCCAUACUGGAAAAUGUUCCAUCUGAAAGCCUGCUUCAGCUCAAGCCACACAUUUACCUUCACUUGUACACUAACAAAGCCCCCAAAGGAGCAGCUCAGUGCAUAGUUUUGCAAUCUCAGAGCAGUGCUUACUCCACUCUGAAGCUGCAGUGCCACGCUAAAGGCUCUCUCAUCCCUGCUGCCUUCCUGCUUCCAAGCGUGUGGGGUGCCCGCGUCUGUUGCAUGUCCGACAGCGCCAAACUCACCCGUUGGACUGUCACAGGAGUGCAGGGGGCGCUACUGAGUCAUUUCAUCAACCCAGUCUACAUUACCAGCAUUGUACUUGGUGAUUCCAAGUGCUGUUCAGAGAAAGUGUCUGAAAUUGUUAACAAGCGUCUGGGCAUGGGUUGGGGUGAUGGGCUGCCUGCUCCAUUCAAACACACCACCAUCUUCUUCCUGAGUGGAGAGCACAUGGGACCUGAUGAGAACACAGACCACUGCAAAGACCUCAGUGUCAACUGGUGCCUGGGAGACUCCAGUAUUGAGAUUCUGGACGGCAUCACUGGUUAUACAAUCAACAAUUCUCCAUUUGUAAGCGGUCCUGGAACAUCCAGCCGACUUUGUAAAAGAGCUUUGUACUUCUGCUUCAGAAAGGUUUCUGCGCUGGCGGGCCACCAUGACUUUUUGUCAUUCACUACGUACCGCAAAGCUAAAAUGGCUGCACAGCUCUAUCAGGAGACCAAAACUCAAGUCAAUAUGCAGUUCUUGGCCAACAAUGCUGGACCAUGGAACUCCAAACACUUGGUAGAUUGCUUCAGCCGUUAGCAAUCUACAGUCAUUACAACAGAUAGCCAUCAUUCCCGUUGAAUGUCCAUUGAAGUUUAAAGAAGUGUUCAUAUAAAUAUUCUUUAUCAGAUAUUCACUUCCACUGCAAAAACUAAUUCUGUUCUAAAAAUGAAAGAGCAUUUUGACAGUUAACUAGCAUUUGUGUGGUCGUUUUGCUUUUGCUGUGUUAUUUUGAUUAAGUGAUUUGGUAUUAGUUGGUAUUGUUAAUUUGAUAAGAAAGUUUGUGAUGAAGAGACUUUACGUUGGCUUGCCAUACCUACACAUAAAUAUUAGAGUACUUUCACAAGCCCAU